AUGCUGAUUCGCACUUGUUUCUUUUUUGCCUGCCUGCCUGCGGUGAGCCACGUCUGGGGACGAGUGGGUCAAGGGUCAGGCCGGCUGAAACUCACUGUCCUUGCAGAAGACAGGCUCCAAAUGAAAUGGAAAGAGACCGAGGGGAACAUCAACGGCUACAAAGUUCGGGUAAAGCCCAUGGCAGGGGACUCGGAGCAAGAAGUCAUGCUGAAAACCAAGACUCCCAAAGCCACAGUGGGGGGGCUGAGCCCUACCAAGGAAUACACGCUGCAGGUCUACGUGCUUAACGGCUCCCAGGAAGCCCUGUUUGCCAAGAGGAAAUUUGUGAGUAAGGAUGGUGAAGACCCAGGAGGUGAAGGAUGGACUGGAAAUAACCGGAGAAACUCAGGUGCUGCAUCAGGAAAGAAUCUCACCUCUUCAGGGAGCUCGGCAGCUGAGCACAGUGGGGUGGCAGAGGCCACCCCACCAACCCUGAACACCGUCUUGACACAGCCAGCAAAGGACAGAGCUGAAAGGAAAAGGCAGAAGGGGACUCAGUCAAAGGGCUCGGGAGACACCACAAGAAAUCAGCCCAGUGUGACAGAAGCAACCCCAACAACCACCAGAUCAUCCCAAAGCACUCCUGCAAACUCAGAGCGAGAGUAUCUAGGGAAAGUGAAAGAAAAACCCACAAAGGAGUCACUGAGGCGAGGUUCCCAGUUUCAGUGUGACACAGCUGCAAUGACUGAUAUCGUCCUGCUUGUGGAUGGAUCUUGGAGCAUCGGACGCAACAACUUCAAGCUCAUUAAGGAGUUUCUGAGCAAUUUGAUUUCCCCAUUUAGUAUUGCCCAAGACAAGAUAAGAGUAGGGCUGUCCCAGUACAGCAGCGAUCCCCGCACGGAGUGGGAUCUGAGCACUUACUCUACGAGGGACCAGGUGCUGGAAGCCGUCAGAAAUGUGCGGUACAAGGGCGGCAACACCUUUACAGGUCUUGCGCUGACCCACGUCCUGGAACAGAAUUUGAAACCAGACGCUGGUGCCCGGCUGGAGGCUGAGAAGUUGGUAAUCCUUCUGACUGAUGGAAAAUCCCAGGAUGAUGCCAACCUGGCUGCUCAGACACUGAAAAACCUGGGCAUCGAGAUCUUUGCCAUUGGGGUGAAGAAUGCAGAUGAGGCAGAGCUGAAGCAGGUGGCCUCGGAGCCGCUGGACCUCACUGUGUACAACGUGCUGGAUUUCCCACUGCUGAGCUCUCUGGUUGGCAGGCUCACCCGGGUCCUGUGCACCAGGAUCAAAGAGAAGAGCAACAAGGAAAAUGCAGGCAGCACUGUGGAAGAUAUCCCUGUGAACACGGGUCCCCAACUGAGCCCAACUGACCUUAAAAUAUCCUCUGUGACCUCUAAGAGCAUGCACUUGACCUGGAGUCCUCCUCUGAGACCACCAAAGAAAUAUCGGAUUGUGUAUUAUCCAUCUAAGGGUGGUAACCCCAAAGAGGUGGUUUUAGAUGGUGCAGUCUCCUCUUUGCAGCUUUCCAAUCUGACCUCCCACACGGAGUAUCUGGUGUCGGUGUUUCCUAUUUAUGACACAGUUGUUGGGGAUGGGCUGAGAGGUGUCGCCUCCACAUUGCCUUUGUUGUCCCCUCGCUCCCUGCGCGUCUCUGAGCUGAGCCACAACAGUAUCAGGCUGAGUUGGAAGGCAGCCCAGGGAGCCACACAGUACCUGGUGCUCUGCUCUGCGGCCCCCGAUGGUGCAGAGGAUUAUACGAUGGAGGUGAAGGUGGCCCAUCCUGAGGUCCUGCUGGAUGGGCUGUCACCCAGCACAGAGUACUCCGUUGCAGUGUACGCAAUGUAUGGGGAAGAAGCGAGUGAUCCAGCCAGCAUCCAGGAAACCACCCUGGCCUUGAGUCCUCCCAGAUACCUGAGCUUCUCUGAGCUCAGCCAUGCGUCUGUUCGAGUCAGCUGGGAGGCUGCGUCUCCGGCCGUGAAAGCUCACCACGUUGCCUAUGUUUCUAGCAAAGGGAGCAAUGCUGGGGAGGUGGAGGCUCCUGGCACUGCAACAUCCACUGUCCUGAGACCUUUGUCCUCCCUCACCCAAUACUUCAUCAGUGUCCGAUCUACGUAUGAUGAAGGGGACUCCUUUCCAAUUACUGGCAACGUUACCACUUUAAAGGUACCCCCACCGCGUGCACUGAAGGUUACCGAGCUCUCCGGGAACAGCCUCCGACUGCAGUGGGAAGCUGUCGCUGCCUCCGAUGUGGUUGUCUAUCAGAUCAAAUGGAGCACAGUCAGUGGAGAGAAGCCUCAGGAGCUCUCUGUUGCUGGAAAUGUGGCGACUGCUGUCCUGCCAGGCUUGCAGAAGAAUACCGACUAUAAAAUAUCCAUCUGGGCCUAUUACAAAGAUGGUGCUCGAAGUGACACGGUUUCUGUUCAGCACAGGACCAAUUCCCGGAGCCCACCCACCAACCUCUUCAUUGACUCCGAGACCCCCACCAGCCUCCAGGUCCGCUGGACCCCUCCCGACGGCCGCAUUCAGCACUACAAAAUUACCUACAGCCCUGUUUCUGAUGCCGGUGCUCAGCAAACAAUCAUGGCUUCUGGCAAGAGCAGCAGCGUGACCCUGCAGUCGCUGCUGCCUGAUAGAGCCUACAAGGUGAUCGUUUCUGCCAUCCACUACACGGGAGAAAGCGAGAGCACGUCCACAACGGGACGGACCGCUCCUGUGUUGUCGAAGUUCCCUUCAAUACGAGGAUUCAUUCCAUCUAAAGCAGAGGCCUGCCCCACCAUCAGCUCUGCCGAAGGCUCCACACGAGGGUUUGAUAUGAUGGAAGCCUUUGGCUUAGUAGAGAAGGAAUACGCCUCCAUUAAAGGCGUAGCUAUGGAGCCAUUCAUAUUCAGCGGUUCCCGUACCUUCACGCUGUUCAGAGACUCUCAGCUCACCCAGAGGACCAGCGACGUCCACCUCUUUGCAAUCCCACCCGAGCACACCAUCAGCAUCCUCCUGCGCCUCCUGCCCGAGACUCCCAAGGAGCCCUUCGCUGUGUGGCAAAUAACAGAUGAGGACUUCCAGCCCCUCCUUGGUGUUAACCUUGACCCCAGUAAGAAAUCCUUGACGUAUUUCAAUCAUGACUACAAGGCUGAUUUACAGGAAGUCUCCUUUGACCAGCAGGAAGUGAGGAAGAUAUUCUAUGGGAGCUUUCACAAGGUGCACGUGGCCGUGAGCCACUUCAAGAUCAAACUCUAUCUGGACUGUAAGAAAAUAGCAGAGAAACCAAUCAACACCGUUGGCAGCAUCUCCACCGCUGGCUUCAUCAUGCUGGGAAAAGUGACAAGGACCAGAGGACCCAGGAGCGGGUCUGCAUCGUUCCAGCUGCAGUCUUUGCAGAUCCUGUGCAGCAGUGUGGGAGCAGAGGAAGACAGAUGCUGUGAUCUCCCUGCACUGAGGGACGAGGAGACCUGCCCUACCUUAGCUCCUGCCUGCUCUUGUACUUCUGGCCGCCCGGGCUUGCCAGGACCUCCAGGCCCCCCUGGCAGCCCUGGGAGGAGAGGACCGCAAGGGGAGCAGGGGGAGCCAGGACCCAAGGGUGAACCAGGCCCACCUGGACAAGUAGGGCCAGAGGGUCCCAGUGGUCAACAAGGCUCUCCAGGUUCCCAGGGAAUCACGGUUCAGGGUCCUGUGGGACCUCCAGGAAUCAAAGGAGAGAAAGGAGACACUGGAAGUCCUGGCAUGCAGGGGGUGAGGGGACUAGAAGGCACAGCUGGGCCUCCAGGACCUCCAGGGCCGAGGGGUUUCCAAGGAGUGACAGGCUCCCGAGGCAGCAGUGGAGAGAAGGGACCUCCAGGUGAUGUUGGGCCAACAGGUCUGCCGGGUCCAAAAGGAGAAAGAGGAGAGAAAGGGGAACCACAGUCCUUGGCCACAAUUUACCAGCUCGUUAGCCAGGCUUGUGAGCGGAUGAUUCAGACUCAUGUGUUGAAAUUUGAUUCAUUCAUUCAUGAACAUGCAAGGAAGCCAGUUCCUGUUUGGGAAGAAAGGUUAAAACCAGGAGAACCAGGACCGCCAGGUCCUCCAGGUCCCCCUGGGAGCAACGGAGAAAGAGGAGAAAAUGGCAUCCCUGGACAACCAGGAAAAGAUGGGUAUCCUGGAGAAAGAGGUGCCCCAGGGCCCAAAGGAGAAAAGGGGAUGUCUGGAGCCAGUGAGGAAGGGAUCCAAGGACCCAGAGGGAGAACAGGUCCACCAGGAGAAGUUGUGCUGGGGAAACCAGGUCCAAAGGGUUACCCUGGGAAUGCUGGUCCUCCAGGUUUUCCCGGUGUCAGAGGGCAGCCUGGGCAGUCUGGAUAUCCAGGGGGUUGUGAUAUCUCUGGAUGUUAUGGGACAAGUAGAAGAGAUUUCAUCCCCUGA